CUUAAAGUGUGUCUGAACUGUCACUUGACGUCUAGUCUUACUGUUGAGGUGCGAUCGCAUUGACCACUGCUUGUCUCGUGGAUACGUGAGGGAGGCUAAUCCACAACCAUGACUGACGCGCAACAGGAGGCCCGCUCAUAUUUGAGCGAGGAGAUGCUUGCCGAGUUCAAGGCUGCCUUUGACAUGUUCGACACCGAUGGUGGCGGUGAUAUCAGCACCAAGGAGUUGGGUACCGUCAUGAGGAUGUUGGGUCAGAAUCCAACCAGAGAGGAGUUGGAAGAAAUCAUUGAGGAGGUUGAUGAAGACGGCAGCGGAUCCAUCGACUUUGAAGAGUUCUUGGUCAUGAUGGUGAGACUCCUAAAGGAGGACCAGGCUGGCAAGAGUGAAGAAGAGUUGGCUGAAUGCUUCCGUGUGCUGGACAAGAAUGGUGAUGGUUACAUCGACAGAGACGAGUUUGCUGAGAUCAUCCGCAGCACCGGUGAAUCCAUCACGGAUGAGGAGAUUGAUGAGCUGCUUAAAGAUGGAGACAAAAACAACGAUGGCAUGCUGGACUUUGAUGAAUUCCUCAAGAUGAUGGAGAACGUGCAGUAAAACAGGGACUCAUGGACAUUCCUCCCCUUCUCACUCCUGCCGAAUUAAACCCAACCCUCUUAAUGCCACUCAAACUCUCCUUCCCCUUUCAUCCUCUAUCUGCUUCACCGCCUCCAAACCUCCAUCUUGCCUCUUCAGCAGACAGACAAACACCUUUGUGGGAUUUGCCAAGGUUCAGCCCACAAUGCUCCUGAUUUUGGGCUCUGACCCUGACCCUAAUGCAAGACCCAAGGUGCCAAGCUGUGGUGUGGUUCUUAUUCCGCUUGAAGCACGUGCCAUGUAGACCCCACAUUAGUGGGUGUUAAGUCUAGAUUUAGUCUAGAUCAGCAGCUUGUUAUCGCUGCAUUGACCAAUGCUAAAGCCACCACUUCAUUGUACUGAAGAACUAAUGCUUGAAAACAUAAUAAAAAAUAAAACAUA